AUGAGUGCCCACCAUGAAAAGGCUCAGCGCUAUAUUGGUGCGCUCGAGGCAGCACGCGUCGCCGGCACCUGGAGCGAAUUCCCUGAGCUCAUAAGAAAAGUAACCAAACACGCCCCUGACCGGAAAUGCCUGAUCCAAACUGCCAAGUUCGAGUCCGACGUCGCCCAAUAUGUACUCCCACCAAGCCGACGGCCCGGUACAGCCGCUACGGGCCAGCCAAUUGCGGACUCGCAGGUGGUCUCUCUCGAGUCCCAACUGCGCGCGACUGGGACAUCUUCUGAAGAGGUAGUGCAGGGUCAGACAUCUUUGCUUUGGGCGCGUUGGUUGGGAGCGUACAAGACCGAGCGUCCGGUUCCGGCCAUCACCUUCGAGCCUGUUCGCACAGCAGCCGAUGCGACGUCGCUGUGGACGAAGAUUUGUGUUGUGAAAGCUGUAUACGUUCGCGCGCUGCGCUACGUACAGAGCGGCGACACCAAGCAGGGCACAGAGCUUCUCGAGACUCUACUGCCAUGGCUCGACGCGAACCGGAGCCUUGUUGUGUCGACACCGCAACUCCUUUAUUGGGCACAACAGCUGCUGGCACGGGUAGCGCUGGGACAAAAGCAGUCAAUAACCGCCGCCAGCCCACUUGACCACGAAUCUGCGUCCUUCAGGCUGCAAGCAUUCCGGCAUUGGGCAGUGCUCGCCGUUAAGAACCAAGACGUUUCGCCCUCGACCUAUGGAAAUACUCCAGGACAUCUCUCUAAGCUGGAGAUGUGGAGAGCCUACUAUCGUUUCAUGUCCGCCAUCCUGCAGAACAAGGAAGGAAUCGCGCACUACGUCCCCUUCGUACCUUCGGACUUGGCCGUUGAGGUGCGGCGCGUGGAGGCAUCUUACGAGAACGAGCUGUUGCGCAACGUGCAGUUCCCCAAAGCCACCGAGUCGAACGCGAUCAUCGAAGGCUGGGUCGAAGAGUUCAUUCGCAAUUGGCAAGUUCUUUGCGGUCCUGGCUGGUCCGACUCAGACCUGGGCGAGGGCGGUCGGAAUUCGUGGGGAAGGAAUGUUCUUGACAUGCUCUACCGAGCUGCAACGAAAUCGUUCCACUCCACCUUGGUUCUAAGGCGCCUGUUCCAGGUUCACAAAGCCCUGGCCGACUUCGACUUGGCGUACAAGGCUCUAGAGACCUAUGUCGAACUCAUCGAUCGAGCUCGUGCACGUGCGGCGAAAUCGGAAAGCUCCCAGAACUCCGCCACCAGCAGAGAUAGCGAUGAAGUCUUUAUGAAGACCAUUGCCGAAGGCAUCGAAGGCCUGUGCUCGUUUGGUGGCAGGGCUGAGGCAGAAAAGGCCCAUAAGCUCUGUGAGAAGCUGCAGGAUCUUCUGGACGAAAUCGAGCCACCGUCUGAACAUGCCGCAACCAACGGCUUUGCGCCUGCUAACGGACACGCCAACGGCCAGAUGCCAUCACCGCCACCUCUAUCUGCCGACUUGAUCGACGCGACAUAUCGAGGGAUUGGCCUCGGAAAGGCGCACUGGGCACGAUGGACACCUUUCAGUGAGAACCGAACGACCUUGCAAUCUGAAGCCGUCGAAUACCUGCAAAAGGCUGCCGCGCAGGAUAUUCCUGCCCGUCAACACUUCCAAACACUCUUCGCUCUCGCUCGACUGCUCGCCGAGAUGCGCGAGAUUGACCAGGCGCUUGCCGUGGUAAAGAGAGCCUUGUCUUCGGAAGUUGGAAAUGAUGAAGGAGACACCUCUUACGGGAUAGAGCGUCAACUGAUGCCGUUCUGGCACCUGCUAGCUCUCUUACUCACCUCGCGACAACAAUUCGAAACAGCAAGUCAGAGUUGUGCGGCAGCAUUCGAGCAAUUUUCCCCUCCCGAAAUCAUGCUGGGUGACUUCGCCAGUGGCACACACGGCGCAACAAGCCAGAAACCAGGGUUAGUCGAUGACAUGGAGUGUGCGGAGCUGCAUAGAAUUAUUGAAAUCCGCAUUACCGAGCUGGCUUUGACCGAGCUGAUGGAGGGCCCUGAGCACGCAGUCAACAGUAGCAACGACCUUCUUGCACUCUAUUCUCGGUUAUUUGGUCGCCACGGAGCAAUCGCUAUCAAUGAAGAAGCAACGAGGAAAAGGUCGGUUGCACCUCCUAAAAGCUCCCAUGGCACCAUCAGAAGUCUUCCGGGCAAGCUCCUUCAUCGCAAGAGGCUGGGCCGGUCCAGCGAGUCCAACAAAGGUACUCCUUCCAUAGCAGAGGAAGUCAGACCGAAUACGCAAGCGACGCAAACGACCCAGGCGCCAACAAUCCAAGUCACGAAUGAAGAUGAACAAAGCUCACCACCUAGGCAUAAAUUGUUCCAUCUCCACGACCACAAUAAGGACGAGUCCCGUCGGUCUCCCCGUGCUCUUCAAAGUAAGCAUUCGAAAACGAGGCUCUCGAGGUCGUUGAGUCGAGGAAAAAGAGAAACCAGCCAGGCAUCGAGUACAAGACAGUCAUUCGAGUCAACGCACGAAACGCAACCAAACGCAAAUGGUGCUGCUCAACACCAACCCCACGCACGAUUAGAAACCAUCCAGUCCGCCGACGUGCCAGAGGUACCAAUCUCGGCGAACCAUGACACAAGCCCGACCGCGAAGCAGCCCCUAAAAGAAAUCCCCCACAACCUCUCCAGCCACAAGAAGGUACCACCGCCAGCAAACCACCGCGACCAACCUCCCUCGCAAGACGUGCGUCUCCCCAUCAUCGGACCAGGGCUACGAACAGAUCCCAUCCCCCGCUUCCCGCGAACCGUCUCGCAACGACACGCGCUCAGCAUCCUGGUGAAGAUCUGGCUCGUCAUCGCAACGCUGUACAGACGGGCCCACAUGUUUGAGGACUCGCGCGAGGCCACCGACGAAGCCGCCAAAGUCGCCAUGAAGAUCGAGGGGAUGAUCGCCGCGGUAGAAAGCUCGGCCCGGGCAUUCAGUGCCGUGGGCUGGGGCGGUGGCGGCAAGUCGUCGGACGAGCUCUGGGCCGACGUCUACUGCGAGCGGGCCGACCUCCUCAUGGCCAUCGCCCGUGCCCGAGAGGAGAAAGAAGGCUCUCUCAACGCCGAGGCCGUGCGCGACGCGGUCGAAAACUACGAGCAGUGCCUCAUGUACUUUGCGGACCACCCGGGCGGGAUCGUCGGCCUCAGCAACGUCCUCCUCGAUUACUUUGAACGGAAAGUCGAACUGGCGAAACGAAUCGACAAUGGGAAAGCGCGUGCUGACGACGUCCAGCAGCAGCAGCAGCAAGUCCAGUCACAAGCAGUCGAGGAACCGUCGUCGUCAUCGUCGCCGCCGCCGCCGCCGUCGUCCUCGCGGCCGAAACACAAACGAGAAUGGAGCCGCGUCUCGACGGCGCCAAACACGGGCAUGGUGGUAGUAGACAACAUGGACCACUCGCACAGCGUGGCCGCCAGUGGGCCGGGCGGCGCACAGCUGCCACACCCACACCAACAACAACAACAGUCAACGAGGGAGGACGAUCUUAAGAAGACGCCCGAGAACCUGAACCGGCUGGCGGCGCGCGACCGGGCGUACGGCCUGCUGUCGACGCUCACCAAGCUGGGCUCCGGGUGGGAUCACGCCGAAGCGUGGUUCGCGCUCGCCCGCGCGCACGAGCUGGGCGGCGAGCCGGACAGGGCCAAGGAGAUGCUCUGGUGGUGCGUCGAGUUGGAGGAUACCCGGCCGAUCCGGCAUUGGAGGAAUCUCGGUGCCGGUGGGGGUUAUGUUCUCUAA